AUGCAUAUGAUGUGCUGUCCUGGUUGGUUAUUGUUCAGCGAGCAUGGUGGGCUGUGCUUACUGCCUGCGUACCUUUUUUGGGAUGGGUUAGUGACUUUGCUUUUACUGUAUGAUCACCAUAAGGCUAUCAGCUCAGAUCAUACGGUAUCAGAGGUUCUAGACAUCAAGGGAAUUACUUGGGACGCCUCGACGGGUUUGACACAUGGUGAUACAGUGCGUAUCAGCAGUGGUGGUGGUGGUGCUUUCUUACUCCCGAAAAUUAGACAGAUCUUAGUACUUCUCACGGUUACCACCUCACAUGACCGGGAUCCGUCCAGUAGCCUGUCACACCAGACAUGGCAGAUCCUUGCAGUGUCACUACAGACAUACUCGCUCAUCAUUCGUGGCAAGCAGAAGUUGGGUGUGUGUGUGGGUGUGUAUAAUAGUCUAGAUGAGUGA